GCACGAGUCCUGUUGCUGAGGUGUGGCGAUGGCGUCUCGUGGACAGAGACCCGAGCACAGCGGGCCUCCGGAGCUGUUUUACGACAAGAAAGAAGCCCGGAAAUACGUGCGCAACUCACGGAUGAUUGAUGUCCAAACCAAGAUGGCUGGGCGAGCGUUGGAGCUCCUCUGUCUGCCUGAGGGUCAGCCUUGUUACCUGUUGGAUAUUGGCUGUGGUUCUGGGCUGAGUGGAGAUUACCUCUCGGAUGAGGGGCACUACUGGGUGGGCAUUGACAUCAGCCCUGCCAUGCUGGAUGCGGCCUUGGACCGAGACACGGAGGGAGACCUGCUUCUAGGGGACAUGGGUCAGGGCAUCCCGUUCAAACCGGGCUCCUUUGAUGGUUGUAUCAGCAUUUCUGCGGUCCAGUGGCUCUGUAGUGCUAACAAGAAGUCCGACAUUCCUGCCAAGCGCCUGUACUGCUUCUUUUCUGCUCUUUACUCUGUUCUGGUCCAUGGAGCUCGGGCUGUCCUGCAGCUGUACCCUGAGAACUCAGAGCAGUUGGAGCUGAUCACGACCCAGGCCACCAAGGCCGGCUUCACCGGUGGUGUGGUGGUGGAUUAUCCCAACAGCGCCAGAGCCAAGAAGUUCUACCUCUGUUUGUUUUCUGGACCUUCGACCUUUAUACCAAUGGCCCAGAACGAAGCUAAUGAGGAAGAGGAGGCCAGGGAGUCCACGUUCACGGUCGAGAGUCUGUCAGGGUCCAGUGUGGCAGAGACACCAAGGCGGAAAUAGGACCUGGGGACCCUUCGGACCUGUGCCUGCACCUGCCUCCGGCUGAGCUAGUGGAGCCCUCCCGGAUGUCUGUGGGCAGCCUUCCUCUCUGCCUGCCUUCCUGCCACACCCGGCAGGCUGUCCCCUCCUCCCAAGGCUGCCUCCUUAACCUACAUCCCGGACCCCGUCCCCACUUGGCCCUGUGGCUCCCUUUCCUCUCCCGCAUCCUCACGUUUACCCUCCUGAGUCAUCCUCGUCAGCGCACAAACGUCCUGCGCGAUUUCGCCUGUCUUCACAAAGGGUCCUCCCUUACCCCGUAACGGCUCCCGGCGGGCACCCUGUUCAUCGCUCCCCUUUAUGACCGAACUCCUCACAUGCCUCCCCUGCCGUUGUCAGUCCCCUCCUCUGGCGCAUGCUUGUCUCAUCACAAAUUGCUCUCUUGAUCAAGGCCACCGCCAGGCUGUCUCGCCAAGCCCAUGGUCACUUCCCAGUCUUUUUUCCUUCUCCAUCUUCAUUGUAACUUGCCCGCUCAUCAGAAGCUGAUGCAGCCGAUCGCUCCUCUAAUGCUUUUCUCACUUGGCCUCCCCGCCACGGUCCCAGUUCUCUGUUAACCUCACUGGCUGUUCCUUCUCGGUCCACUCUGGGGCCCACCCUGGACCCCUUUUCUCUCUGUGCUGCUGCCUUAGACACCAGCUACAGGUUCAGAACCUCCAGGUUUCUAUCCUUGGUCUCAAUCCCACCUCUGCUUUCCAAACCACCUCCCCUCCUAAAUAUCCGUACCUGGACUUCCCACAGGUCUCCGGAACAAAACAGAGCUCUUGGUCUUCACCCCCGAACUUCCUCCCUCCAUUCUUUCCAUUCUCAGCCCUUCCUGUUUUCCUUACAUCUCACAUCUAGUCACUCCAUCCCUUUUCCCCACUCCUACCUGGUCUCUGUCUUUGCUGCCUAGAUUACUGAAAGCUACCUCACUUGUCUCCUUACUUCUGACUUUGCCUCUUUGAAUUCAUUUGCCGUGCAGCAAGACGGAGACUUCCCUUUUUCUUUUACUUUUUAAAAAUGUAAAUCAUAUCUUGCCAUUUCUCUGUUCAGUAUCUUCAGUUGGGUUCUCGUUACUUUUAUUUUCCCUACCACCUUUCACUGCUCUAAAUCAUAAGUAUUCGUUGAUUUGGUAUUACUUCUGUCCCCAGCUAGAAUGAAAACUUGGUGGGGACUUGCACUGUAUCCCUGACACCAGAAUAGUGUCUUGUUGGCAAAAGGUGUUCGAUAUUUGUUGAAGGAACAAUUGAUUAUAAGGUGGUAAAGAAGGAGGUGAUUUCUUAGUUCUGAUUGGUAGGGGUGAAAGGUUUUCAGACUCUUAAGACGUUUAAGAGGAAAAAUGAGCCGAGAAUGGAUGAGUUAGGAAGGCCCACCUGUGGUGAAGAUCAUGCGUGCGGUCCUCGUGUCCACCAUGGAUUGAUGCCCUCUGACCCUCCGCGGUCGUCUCCCUUAGCUUCCUCAGCCCAUUCCCCGUGGGGACUUGGGGGCUCUCCUAGCCGUCGCUGCUCUAAGGUGCCCAUCGCUUGCUCCCAGGGAGUGGUCCCAUCUCCUGCUUCCCCUCCGUCCAUCUUAGGCUCCCUCUUGUCCUCACGCCGGUGCCUACAGACGACGUGUCCUAACUGUAAACUUAGGUAAGUGGUGGGACCUGAUCAUCCAUUUCUCGUCUGUUUAAAAUUGGGGGGGAUGUGCCACCCUCUCGGGCAGUGUGUUGAGUCGAGGGCGUGUCUGUACAGGACCCGGCACAGUGCCUGGCGCGGACCUCAUUUGCCUACAGGCUCUUCCUCUUGAAGUCCUCGGAUUUGAGGAGGGUGGGGAGGAGCCCCAGGAGGCCUUUGUCUGCUGUAAGGCUGAUCGGCCUUCUCCCCGUGCUGUCACUUCUGUCUGAUCACGUUCAGGCCACUUACUGUAAAUAAAUAGGUAAAUCAAGGAAAAGGAUUUUAAACCUUUACCUAACAUCUCUAAUUUCUGCCCCCCAACAACUUUGCUUGCCCCAUGUAUUCCUUAACCCUCGCCACCCAGCCUCUACCCUACCACUCGUCAGCUGCUCUCUCCACGGGCUCCAUCCCUUCCGGCAUUUGCACUGUGGACUCCGCUUCCCUCUUGGCACCUGUGGUCGGGGUCGCUCACCGUCUUCACUGCUCCCUUUGUCCCCCCGAUGACUCUUUCCCAUCAUCCCUCCCGCAGCUCACACCUUGCCCCCUGUUCACUGUGCUACCCCAGAGCUUGUCCUUCCUUAGAGACUCCUGGGGGUUACUCCUGCAUCUGUUUAGUCCUGCAUCUCCAGCAGCCUGCUUUGCACCUGGCACACUGGACUCCUGCUCCCUCACUGUAGGCCCUCUUGACUUUCUUUCGUGAGCUGCUAUCUCUGCACACCCCAAAGUCUAGGACAUGUUGUGUUCCUCCUUUGGUAGAAAGCCUCACUGCUUCCUGGAGGGAGAGCACGCUCCUUGCUGGUUGGUGUUCACACCUCCAUGAACUGGACCAGCCAAGUGGGAUUCUGAGUUGGUGUUUUUUUUUAAUCUGACUUUUAUUAGGUUAGAACAGAUGAGAAGUAGCAGCCGGAAGGGUGUGUCAUGCAGUCCGGCUUGCGCUGGUCCUCGGGCGAGGAGGAAACUUACGAGGCUGACUCAAUCCUCAGCUGACCCUCAGAGUCUCACUUGGACCCUUCCCCUUCUUACACUCAAUGACUCCAGGCAACAGGGCUCUUCUGCUCCCUAACCUCCCUCUUCAGUCCUUUCCCUGUGCCUCAUUUUCGUGUACUGCUUCUUUUCUGGAAUACUGGCCCACCUUCUGCAUGAAGCAGCUUAUCUCUGUGGCCCUCUCCUUUUCCCCAUCACUGCCUUAGCAGCUCCUGGCCUCUCUGCACUUGCUUUGCCUCGUGCGGGUGGUCGCUACCACAGCCCAGCCGUGGACUCUUUAGGGGCAGGGCUUGUUCAUAGCCACUGUAGAACAUCCAUGGGCCAUGCACGCAGGUACUCAGGGAAUGGUUACUCGGAGGGCAAGCAGCCUCCGUGGUGUGUUCAACGCUGAAAACAGUUGGAUUCCAGCU